GAUAUUCCGAGGCUCUACGCAGUGACAUAAAUAGCUCCUUGAUCAGCAAUGUCCUGCGAGAAGUAACCUACACCAUGUUAGUGACCUCCAUCCCGGCCCUGCUUCUGUCCAUAGCAGUCACAGCCGCUGCCACAUCUCCAGAGAACUCGACCUUUACCAAUCCCAUAUUGCCAGGCUUCCAUCCCGACCCCAGCUGCAUCUUUGUGCCAGAAUGGGACGACACGUUCUUUUGUGCGACGUCCAGUUUCCAGGCCUUCCCUGGAAUUCCAAUCCACGCCAGCAAGGACCUGCAGAAUUGGAAGCUCGUUGGAAAUGUUCUUAACCGACCUAGUCAGCUUCCAGAUCUUGCAAAAGUCGAUAGUGCAACGGGAGGACUUUGGGCACCGACUCUGCGAUACGAGAAUGGGACCUUCUGGGUAGUCACCACGCUGGUGUUUGAUAAUUUCGCUGCGAACGACUCCUCGAGAUGGGAUAACAUCAUAUUCAAGGGAGAGGAUCCUUACGAUGAAGCCUCAUGGUCGGAAGCCGUGCAUUUCGAUUUCAAUGGAUACGACACGUCCCCCUUCUGGGACACCGACGGGCAAGCGUAUAUGGUUGGAUCCCAUGCCUACAAAGUAUACCCAGCCCUCCAGCUUGCGAAGAUAAACCUCGAAACAGGAGAAACCGGGGAUUGGAAGACUCUCUGGUCGGGGACUGGGGGAAUGGCACCCGAAGCCCCUCAUAUUUAUCGCAAGGACGGCAUCUACUAUCUGCUGAUUGCAGAGGGGGGAACUGGCGAAGGCCACAUGGUAACAAUUGCCCGAUCGACAGAGAGUAUAUGGGGACCGUAUGAUGCCAGCCCAAAGAACCCGUUCUUAACGGCGGCAAAUACGACGAACUUUUUCCAGACUGUCGGCCAUGCAGACCUGUUUCAGGAUGCAGGGGAUAACUGGUGGGCGGUCGCGUUAUCAACAAGACAGGACCCUGCACUUCCCUAUCAUCCCAUGGGACGCGAAUCCGUUCUUACCCCGGUAACAUGGAACCAGGGAGAGUGGCCGGUAUUCGACGCGGUUGAAGGGCUGAUGGGGGGAUGGCCAAGGCCAGAUCCAGCAGAUAUCAAGGGAGAUGGCCCAUGGAUCUCCGAUGGAGAUGAAGUCGACUUUGCACCCAGUUCAUCUCUGCCACUGCAUUUCACGUACUGGAGAUAUCCCCGUCCUGGUUCGUUUGUGGUAUCUCCCCUGGACAACCCAUUCACCCUUCAAGUCAAACCAUCCAGAGAGAACUUGACCGGAUAUGAUGGAGCGUCGGCCCCUAAGCAAGGACAUUCGUUCCUUGGCAGAAGGCAAGAGCACACUUUGUUUACGUACAGCGUUGAUUUGGAUUUCUCCCCAAGUACAGUCGGCGAAGAAGCAGGGGUGACAGUCUUUUUACAACAAGACCGCCAUAUAUACAUGGGGCUGGCUUUACUAACUUUGAAUGAGCUAUACCUUCGCAUCCGAGGCAUGUCGAAUUCCGACCUUCCUAGCCAUCAGACCCCUCUACCACUGGCCUGGAUUGGCGAGACACUCCAUCUGGAGAUCAAGGCAUUCAACUGGACUCAUUAUUCGUUCUCAGCUGGACCAGCAAACGCAAUUUCGCAAUUAGAGACCCUUGCGUACUAUCCAAACUCCGUUGUCAGCUCUGGAUUCACCGUAGGCACAUUUCUAGGCGUUUAUGCCACGAGCAAUGGGGGAAAUGGAUCCACUCCAGGCUACUUUUCGAACUGGUCAUACAUUCCGCAGGGCCAGUUCCUAAAUUAA